AUGUCGGCUAUUCUUGCAGGAAUGUGGCUAUGGACUCAAUACGACACCCUACUCACUAGAAUGCGAAUGAAGGAGUACAACCAUCCAGUACCCCUUGAAAAGCCAACCUUUCCAACUGAGAGCGUGAGCAUCCUGAUACUCACCAUCGACACACCGGGCGAAUUUACAGACACGCUGCACUCCUGCCUUGCCAGCCAGCCCAAGGAGAUUAUUGUUGUUACGAUCCCUCGUGAUCUUGCAAGAGUUAAAUCACUGGCCUCUCCUGUCCUCGAAAAGGCCGGGAAUGUGCCCAUCUCCAUUCUGACUGUUCCGAAGCCUGGCCGACGAACACAGAUGGCUCUUGCUGUGCGAGAAGCAACUGGUGAUAUACUGUGUUUUGUUGAUGACGAUACAGUAUGGCCAAGCAAUAAUGUGUUACCGUAUCUCCUCGCGGGGUUCGAGAACCCAAAGGUCGGGGGCGUUGUCGGUAGACAAAGGCAAGAGCGACAGAACCCUGAUGUUCUCACUCCCUGGGAAGUCGCAGCUAUCCGAAAGCUAUCAAGCAACGAUGAGAAACAGAUGCUUCUCCAUGCCAGUGGAGGUGGUAUAUGGUGCUUAGUAGGUCGGACCAUGUUACUUCGAACUGCCGCUCUCAAGUCGGGUACAUUCCUGGAUGAUUUGACGAACGAGAUCUUCGGCGGCGGGCUCCUCCAGACGGGUGAAGAUAGCUUCAUAACCCGUUGGCUGCGUCGGAAUGGGUGGGAGUUGUUCCAUCAAGACGCACGCGAGGCUGAAGUGUUCACCGAGGUCAAAAGCGACUCCACCUACGUUAGCCAACUUAUUCGUUGGCGACGCAAUGGGUUCCAGGCCUUUAUCAAUCAGCUCUUUAUUGAUCCCGGGUUUCGAAGGAUCUAUAAGAGGGAUGCUUAUUUUGCUCGAAAGCUUGCAGAGGAGUUUGGACGGCCUCUCAUCACUCUUGUCCAUCUCAUUGGCUGGGGACUAGCCAUCAUGAACUCGCCCAGGAUCGCGUAA